AUGUCUCUACCACAAGAGAAGUCUCUCAAGACUUUUGUUGUUGGCGAGGUCGGAGGUGAUGUCCCGGUAAAGUCAGCAUCUACUCAGAACGAAACAGAGAGCCAAGAGUACACCAAGCCCAAGAGAACUUGGAGGUCUGCCAUUUGGUCAACACUCGAUGUCCCCAAAGAAGAAGCCCGCUUCCUCACGAAGCUUGACUUGACCCUUAUUUCGUCGGCAGCUCUGGGCGUCAUGUGUCGCUACCUCGAUCAAGUCAACAUCAACAAUGCUUUCAACAGCGGUAUGAAAGAAGACCUUUCAUUGUACGGAAAAGAGCUCAAUUACGCCAAUGCGAUUUGGAGCGCAGCAUAUGUGUUUGGCCAGAUUCCAUCAAACCUACUCCUCACCAGGGUUAAUGCGCCGCUAUACAUUGCAUUCCUUGAGCUGUCUUGGACUGUUUUCACCUUUGCUACCGCCGGCGUGAAGAAUGUCAAAAUGCUUUAUGUUUUCCGCUUCUUGUGGAUCGACUCACUCUCUAAAGCCGGCCACUUUCCUGCUGUCAUGUAUGUAUGCUCCAGCUAUUAUAAACCUCACGAGCUGGCCCGACGAAACACACUUAUCCAAAUCGCGACCGGAAUUGGACCCUUGUUCUCCGGUUUCUUGAUGGCGGCCGUAUUUGCCGGACUCGAUGGGGUUAGCGGCCUCGCAGGCUGGCGAUGGAUGUACAUCAUCUGUGGUGUCAUCUCAUUUCCUUGUGCUCUCUGGACUGCGAUUGCAAUGCCACAACUUCCGGCGAGAGCUAAGCCUAACUGGAUUUUCACUCAGGCAGAAAUUGAUCUGGCCCGAGCAAGAAUGCCUUCUGAGAAAAAGCUUCUCACCGGCUUGUUCAAGUGGAAGGAUAUCAAGCGAUGGCAUACGACAUGGCAUGCUUUCCUCUUUCCCUUGUUGUUUGCAUUCAUGGCCCAGUUUGGCCAAUCAGGCCAGUCGAUGAUCUUCUGGGCCAAAAGUUACAACGUCAAAGGAAAGCCUAUCGUCUACACGGUCCCUCAGAUCAACCUUAUUCCCCUUGGUAUCAACGUGAUCACCAUUGUCGCCACCCUUGCCAAUUCCUGGAUUUCGGACAGCUUGCCGGGUGCUCUUAGGUGGCCCGGUGUGCUAUUUGCCAGUGUCAUGGCAAUCAUAUUCCCGACUGCCCUUGCUGCGACGCCUGUUCACCCUCGCAAUCGGGCGAAUCGCUGGGUACUCUACUAUCUGACCUCUCUUUCUGGGACAGCUGCAGGUCUUACCUGGACCUGGGUCAACGAGAUUAACAGACACGACCAAGAGAAGCGGGCUUACGUCUCUGCAUUGAUGAAUGCUUUCGCUUACAUCUUCACCGCCUGGGUCCCUAUCUUCACUUUCCCAGCCAACAAGCAACCCUAUAUUGUGGCAGGUAAUUAUAUCACGGCUGGAUUUGGAGGCUGUGCGGUUGUGAUCGUUCUCCUCAUGCGCUAUCUCCACAGUCGAGACCUUGAAAAGGAGAAGCAUCGGCGCAUAUCUAAGAGUGCGCUUGAAUAUCGCGACUCCUUUUAG